CAAGGGCAAGGGCAAGGCCGUCAAGUUCUCGGGCAAGCAGCUCGACGACGUCGCGGCGCGCAUCGUCAAGGACCACCCAGAGCUCGAGGGCCAGCUCGGGCGCGACGACGUGCAGCACCUCCUCGAGACGCUCCAGAUCGACAAGGACGUCAUUCGCGGCGACAAGGGCUUCAUGGGCAAGGGCGCAAAGGGCAUGGGCGGCCACAAGUUCUGGCGCACGCAGCCCGUCCCGCAACUCGAGGAGAAGCAGGACGAGUUCCGCGAGGGCCCGCUCGAGGCCGACAAGAAGCCCGACGAGGUGCAGCACGAGCCCGUCAAGCUGCACAAGGACUUUAGCUGGGUCACGGUCGACUUGACCGACGAGGCGCAGAAGAAGGAGGUGUACGACCUGCUCACGCACCACUACGUCGAGGACCUCGACGCCUCGUUCCGGUUCGACUACUCGCCCGAGUUCAUCGAGUGGGCCCUCAAGCCGCCUGGGUACGUCCCCGACUGGCACGUCGGCAUCCGCGUCGCCGAGACGGGCAAGCUCGUCGGCUUCAUCUCGGGCGUCCCCAUGGACCUGCGCAUCCGCAACGCGACCAAGCGCGUCACCGAGAUCAACUUCCUGUGCGUGCACAAGAAGCUGCGCGCCAAGCGACUCGCGCCCAUCCUCAUCCAGGAGGUGACGCGCCGCACGCACCUCAAGGGCAUCUUCCAGGCCAUCUACACGUCGGGCACGUUCCUCCCGACCCCCUUUUCGCGGUGCCAGUACUACCACCGCAACCUCAACCCGGCAAAGCUCGUCAAGCUCGGCUUCUCGGCCGUCGCGCGCAACUCGACCGUCGCGCGCAUGGUCAACCACUACCGCGUCCCGGGCGAGACGACGAUCCCGGGCUUGCGCGAGCUCGAGAAGCGCGACCUCAAGCAGGCGAGCCGGCUCAUGAGGGCCUACUCGGCCCGGUUCGACGUCGCGCCCAUGCUCAGCAACAAGGACGUCGAGCACGCCAUGUGGGACGGCCGCGGCAAGGAGGUCAACGGCAAGCGCGAGGGACAGGUCACGUGGAGCUACGUCGUCGAGGACCCCGAGACGCACCGCAUCACAGACGUCUUUAGCUUCUACCACCUGCCCUCCACGGCGAUCCAGGCGAGCCCGCCCGCGCGCGUCGAGGCGGCGUACCUCUACUUUUACGCGACGACCGCCGCGCCGUCGUGCGCCGACCUCGGCGACGGGAGCGUCGCCGUCCCCGUGCGCAACUGGAAGGACGAGACCGAGGACGAGAGGAAGGUGCUCGGGGACCGGCUCAAGGCGCUCAUGGGUGACGCGCUCACGCUCGUCUCGAGGGCCGGCUUCGACGUCCUCAACACGCUCACGAUCCAGGACAACUCGCUCUUCCUCGAGGACCUCAAGCGGGUUCCUCCACUUCUACCUCUACAACUACGCUACCAAGCCUGUCCUUGGCGGAAUCGACCCGAGCGACGGCGGGUCCGGCGUCGGCGUCAUCAUGCUCUGAUGAGUGCGGCGAUACUCGGCCGCAGGCACGGCGGAACUUGUGGAGGUAGCGCAAAGGAGCUGGAGUGGGAGCGGAGCGCAACGCAGUUAUUUUCUUUCUCGCUCUCGUCCGUGGGCGUUGAGCAACGUACAGAGCGGCUCGCACUC